AUGGCAGCCCCUCUCAUAUGGAUCAACGCCUUUCCCGGGACUGGAAAGCUCACUAUCGCCAAGGCGAUCAAGGCGCUGGAUGAAUCUGUCACCGUCGUUGACAACCACCAACUGAUUGACCCGGUGGCAUCAAGGAUCUCUCGGGAUGACCCACGUUACCAGGCAGAGCGGAAGCGUGAGCGAGAGCGAGCAUUUGAGAAAUAUGUUUACGAUCCUGCAACGGCUUCAAAGACUGUCGUCUUUACGGGUAAAUUUGAUCUUGACUGA